AUUUAGGGGUCUGGAUUCUCUUUUAUUAUACCCUAAAUAGGGCAUAGUGAAUAGGGUGCGUUUGUGACUAUACGACCGUUGAUUUUUGUUACAGAGGCUGGCUUGUCUUGCCUUGUCGUUGAUUUUUGUAAAUUGGUGUAUUGGAUACUUCGGGGCAUCUUGGCUAGCGUCAAUGAACAUUUAUAUCCCCUCUACCUGCUAAGUACUCCUUCAAUCAAUAAUGAGCAGCGCGACUCAGAGGAAAAGACGGACGACAUCCACACCAGGUUCGCGACGAAAGAGCAAAAGAAGCAGGACACAAAUGUCUCAGGCCUCAGUGGAGACCAUUGACGUCAUAGAAAGCGACAGAUUAAGCAGUGAAGAGGUAGUAGACUUAACCUGUGAAGGAUCUGAGCCAGCUGUGGUCGAUCUCACAAACAAUGAUUCAGUGGUGGUUGUGGAUGAUGGUACACAGAGCAGACGUAUGCAGGGCACAGAGAGCUAUGUGCUGAGCAGCGAUGACGAGGAAGAGCCGAGUCAGAGCCUCAGUCCAGCUCUUUUGUCAUCGCUACAUGCAAGUGCAAGAGCCAGGUCCACACCCGGAGCGGUUAGCUGCCCUGUGUGCAUGGAUGCUUAUGCAGAGAUCAUUGAGAGCGGACGGCUUAUGGUAUCUACCAAGUGUGGCCACCUGUUCUGUAGCCAGUGCAUCCGUGACUCCCUCGCCCGGGCCCACAACUGCCCCACGUGCAGGAAGAAACUCACUUAUAAGCAGUAUCACCCUAUCUAUAUCUGAGAAGGAAAGGGACGCUGCGGUUUCACUGUCCUGCGUAACCAGAUGGUUGAUCUGUGUCUGCCAAAUUCCUUCCUAAAAGCUGGCAUGGUACAUCACCUGCGCUUCUUGGUAUCAUACAUUUUGUGGGUGAAUGUCCACGAAGAUAAAAUCUAAUCAUGGACCUGAAACCAGAAAGCAGUUCAAUUCUUUGUAAAGUAUUGCUUUUAAUGGUACAUUCACGCACUAAAAUACUGGUGUAAUGUGCUGUACUGUAUUUUACAAGAAUCUGUAGCCAGAGUGCAUCUUGUGUAUAUAAUUCUUAGGACAAAGCAAAACAAAUGCUUAAAAAUUUCGGUGCGCUCUGCUGCUUACUGCCCAGAUCAUGACCCUGUGUUUUCAUCUGCAGACAGAAUGACUUCGCCAUCUGCUUUUAGGUUAUGUAAUUGCAAUUUGUUUGAGAAAAGCUGUGUGCACUUGAGUUGUUCUUCCAUGAGUCCAUUCAAUGUAAAUAUUUGUAUGUAUGAAUGUACAAAGAUCUAGUAAGUUAACAGUAAGGAAUGUGUAGAUUCUGAGCUUAUUCCAAUAAAUUGUGGCUUCAGUUCACCUAAUAAUUUUUUUUUCUAAAUGAUUGAUGAGCUGAGGAAAGAUUGCAAGCUUUGUUUCCGUAUUCCUGAUGGCAAUUUUAAUUAUGUGAAAUGAUACAACUUGCAGCUUUAAGUUUAUAAAUGUUAAAUAUUGGUGUUUGAAAGGAAAAAAAAAAAAAAUCAGCAUGUUGUACCAUCAUUUCCAUAAAUGUGACAAAGGAUGAGUAUAACCAACAGGUGAUCUGAUUUCUUCUUACUGAAGGAAAAAUGCACUCUGCCUUUUUUUUUUUUUUUUUUUGUAUAUCAGUUUGUAUUUUACUUUUGUCAACCUUUUUACUCACAACUCUGCUCAACUAGCUUCUGAUGGUGGCAUCACUUGAAUUCAUGUCUGCUUACACAAGCGCAAUGCAGCAGCACUUUAGUCUUCAGCUCUUCUUCUCAUCUGUACACUCAGCUCAAAUGUUAUAGGUUUCCUGCAAAAUACUGUCGUUCUCAUUCAAUGUUUGUCUCAUGUUUGCUGUCAUGGAUUGUUAAUUAAAAGAACCCAGUAUCUACUA